AUGGCUCUAUUCGAACUUCCACCAUUCAAGCAUACGCUAAUCGACGACAUCCCGUCAAUCGUUUCCCGACUUCGCAAAACGUACUCAUCACAAAAAACCCGCCCUGCAGAAUAUCGUAUCCGCCAACUACGCCAGCUUUACUGGGCGAUGGUCGACAAUGAAAAAGAACUAUUGGAAGCACUGGAUCGGGAUUUGCGCAAAAGCACUUUCGAGACAUAUGCUGCUGAGAUCAAUUUCAUCACCAAUGAAAUUAUCUUCGCAACACAGUCACUCCACCAGUGGAUGAAGGAUGAAACCCCUGCUGAUAUUGCACUCAUGGACAAACUACUCACACCAAAAAUUCGUAAGGACCCUCUUGGUGUCGUCCUUAUAACCGGACCAUUUAACUUUCCCGUCCACCUAUCUUUUAGCCCAAUGAUUGGAGCCAUCGCCGCCGGCAAUACCGUUGUCUUGAAGCCAUCUGAACAAUGCCCUAACUCUGCAGCAGUUAUGCAGAAGAUUAUGGAGACAGCCCUCGAUCAAGACUGUUAUGCAUGUGUGCAAGGUGCUGUACCCGAGACCACUGCCUUGCUGGAUCAACACUGGGACAAAAUCUUUUUCACCGGAUCUGCACGCACUGCAAGGAUUGUAGCACAGGCCGCUAUAAAGAACCUGACCCCCGUGGCUCUCGAGCUUGGCGGAAGAAAUCCAGCCAUUGUUAGCAAACACGCCAAUAUCCGGCUAGCUGCACGACGCCUCCUUUGGAGCAAGACGAUGAAUGCAGGACAAGUCUGUAUGAGCCAAAAUUACAUCUUAGCCGACAGAGUAGUGGUACCAGAUCUAAUUCAGGAGCUUCGAGUUGCCAUGAAAGAAUUCUUUCCCGGUGGAGCGAAGAAGAGUGCGGAUUUUUCGAGGAUAGUCAACAUCAACUCUUUUAACAGAAUUAAGAAAAUGCUGGAUGAAUCAUCUGGGAAAGUUGUCAUUGGCGGAGCCCUCGAUGCCGAAGAACUCUUCAUAGAGCCUACAGUCAUCGAGGUUACAGAUCCGCGUGAUUCGGUGCUAGUCGAGGAGUCGUUUGGCCCCUUGCUACCUAUUCUCCCGGUGGACAAUCUGGAUCAUGCCAUCAGUACCGCCAACGAGAUCCAUGAAACGCCAUUGGGGAUCUAUGCUUUUGGAACUCUAGCAGAGACGGAUAAAGUCCUUGCUGGAACUAGAUCCGGUGGGGCAAGCAUUAAUGACGGCCUUUUCCACGGCAUUAUACCCAAUCUCCCUUUUGGAGGUGUAGGAGAUUCGGGAAGUGGUUCAUAUCGUGGCAGAGCUUCUUUCGACUGCUUCACACAUCGCCGUUCUAUCAUCCACACCCCCAGCUGGAUGGAACCGAUGUUGGCCUUGAGAUAUCCACCAUUCACUAACACCACUAAGUUGCACAGAUACAAUCGGAUGACCCUGCUCAAGCCUGAUUUCGAUCGCAACAACAAUCAGAAGAUAAACAUUUUUUGGUAUUUACUUACUCUGGGAUCCGGAACUGCUAAAAGUGGUGCCUUUCGAGCCACAAUGCUCGCUGCAGUAGCCUUUUUAUUAAAACGCUAUACCUGUGGGGAACUACGGUUGCGCAGAAUUCAAUAA